AUGAAAUACUGUGAUCCUAACGACGGCGAGAGAGAUUUAUCGGUAUCUCGCGACUCAGAUCAAGGUCAGGUUGAAACGUCGGAGGAAUCCGAUUCGAACGAUGAAAUGAAUGAAGAGCCUUCGACUUCCGGGCUUCCAGGCAAUGCCCAGGAGGCAAGUUCUGACGAUAGUGACAGUGAUAGUGAUGAAGAACCUCCUCAAGAAGAAAAAGCGUGCACAUUAGCUGCGGCGUACAAGGAAAAGCCGAAAGCUCCUCCAGCUCUGAAAAUCAAAGGCAUCCCGUCCGACGUUCAGUUUCGCCCUGGUUCCUCGGACGUUGCUGUCGCUACUUUGGAAGGAGACGUUGUUUUGUACGCGUUCAGUGAAGAUGCCGUAGAGCUGAAGAAAACUUAUGAAAUUCAUGAGAAAUCGACUAGACGAGUAGUAUUUUUCGAUUCAGGAACUGAAUUCAUAUCUGUUUCGAAAGAUGGAGAACUUGCGGUCGUUGACGUGGAAACGGGGGAUGUGAAGAACUUGAUUUCUGGUAUUCACGAGUGGGGGUUACCGUUCUGUUUUUGCGUCAUCAGAGACGGAGCUCAUGCGUUGGCUGGAAUCGACGAAUAUCUUUGUGCUACUGGCGAUGCAGAAGGAGUUUUCAAAUGUAUGAUGGCGAUGACGGAAAACCUAUUCAGACUGCAUCCGCUUGUGUUCGACUUUCGGGCAGAGAAGUGUGUGAUGGAACACAAAGGGCACGGGGAUCACAUCACAGCUUUGCUGGUUCAUCCGGACAAAAAGAUGCUCAUCUCUGCGUCAGGGGAUGGAACGAUCAGUUCGUUCAAUGUUCGCGCGAAACGUUUUGAAGUGGAGUCAGAACAGCGUCAGGAAGAACUCACGUCAUUGGCCCUGAUCAGGGAUAAUACGAAGUUGGUCGUUGGUACAAAUUCUGAGCUCUUGUACUUGUUCGAUUGGGACCGAUUCGGGCUGCACUCGGAUACAUGUUCAACUAGAAGCAAGUCGGGUCUUUCUUCUAUGGUCACGGUAGCUGACAAAAUCGUGGUUGUGGGCGACGAAGACGGCAUACUGAGAGCCGUACACCUUUUUCCCCACCGAGUUCUUGGUGUGGUUGGACAGCACGAAGAAACAGUGGAUCGAAUUGAUGUGUCGCCGGAUGGAAAAUUUCUAGCAUCUACUGACUUCGAAGUUGUUCGAUUUUGGAACAUUGCUUAUUUGGAAAAUAUUCCGGUGACAGAAAAGAAAUACGAUAAUGCCGGGAGUGCCACGAGAAAUUUGCCAUCGUCGCGUUUGCAACACGCCGCGAGCUUUUUUUCGGGAAUGGACGAUUGAAACGGAA